UACAGGACUCAUCAUGGUGAAACCGAAUACUGCACUAAAGUCAAUAUCGUGGAUGUGGGCAAUAAUGACGGUGCCUAGGGGUGUGUUUUUACUCCUGCUUUUACAGUGUUUUACUGUAAGAACAUCAGGGUUUUCCCCCAGCUCCACAUCAGGUCCCUCCUUCCAGUCUGUCCAGUUCAGCUGUGGCUCCACUGUGUGUCCUUCAGGCACAGACUGUGUCAAAAAGAAUGGGACUCUCCAGUGUGCUGACCCCUGCCAGGAGUACACUGUGCUGAAUGAUGACUGGCGAUCAACAAAUAACACGUCCACCCAGAACCUACACUGUGACCGAAAUGUUGACUGGCAAGGCUGGUAUCGGCUGUUUCUGGAAACCAGUGCUAAUAUUCCAGAGAAGUGUGUGGCUGAAAACAGGUGUGGAACCCAUGCUCCUCUGUGGAUAACAACUCCUCAUCCCACACAGUCAGGUCAGAUUGUGAACCGCACUGUGUGUAACUCAUGGUCAGGAAGCUGCUGUCGUUUCUCCUCACACACCAUCCAUAUCAAGCUCUGCUAUGGAAACUACUUUGUCUACAAACUUGAGCCGCCAAGCAACUGUUACCUUGCAUACUGUGCAGAGGUGAACGAAACAAUUCCUGGAGAUCCUUCAACCACACCUGAUCCAAGUACAGCGACCCCUUCUGCCAGUCAGGUCAAUAUCCCCUCCACCACAACACCCGACAACAGCUCAGCAGUUGAGGGUGAGGUCCGUCUGGUUAACAGAGGGAACCAGUCCUGCUCUGGCAGAGUGGAGGUCUACCAUGAUGGUCGGUGGGGGACAGUGUGUGACAAAGCCUGGGACCUCAGUGAUGCUAACGUGGUGUGUAGACAGAUGGACUGUGGCCCUCCUCGUUCAGCAUUACUAAAUGCAACUUUUGGUCCGGGCAGUGGACCCAUCUGGUUGGAUGAUGUUGGUUGUUCCGGCAAUGAAACAUCAAUAACAGAGUGCAGACAUCCAGGGCUUGGGGUCCACAACUGUAAUCACUUUGAAGAUGCCAGUGUCGUCUGUGAAGACUCUGCACUGCAUGAUCACCAGCUAAUUUGCAGCCCUGGUAAACUUCAAAUGGGGCUGGAUUUGGCUGACCUCACCUCAGGUUUGAACCCAUACUCUGGCAACUUGGCAUCUCUUAAUUGCUCCUGGGCCAGAGUACAAAAUAACACGGUGUGGUAUGAAGUAGACGCUGUGGAAGGUGCCUGUGGAAACACUCUGACGACCAACCGCACACAUGCGAUCUACUCCAACAGUCUAUUUGUCUACCCUGUUAUCAAUGGGUCCUUUAACCUUCCUGUGAGCAUCCCCUUCUCCUGUGCGUAUCCCCUGGAAACAGACACCAGCCUGAAUGUGGCUAUCAGACCAUUCCUGCCGUCUUCAGGGGGUAUUUUAGGAUCUGGUGCCGGACCCAGUGCCGUCAUGUCUCUUUUCCGUAACUCCGCCUUCACUGAGACUUUCCCAGCUGGAGGGGUCAACCUGCCACUGGGUUCACCUUUGUACGUGGGUGUCUCUGUAACAGAAAGAGAGCUCAGAUUUGUUGUUGUUCUGGAGGAAUGUUACGCCUCUCACUCAUCUGAUCCUCACUAUUACCAGCGAUUCUCUCUCAUCCAGAACAAGUGUUCGACCGAUGCCCGACAGGUGUCUGUGAUUGAGAGCGGCAUGUCUUUGCGUGCUCGUUUCUCUGCCCUGCUCUUUCUGCUGGAGGACGAUUAUAGAGCCAUUUAUCUUCACUGCAACAUAAGCCUGUGUGACCGAGAGAGAUUUCACUGUGUCCCAUCCUGUCAAAGGAGGAAAUAUCGCUCUGUUUCCAGCUCUGUUGCUAUGGACCGCGUCACCAUUGGACCAAUUGCUUGGGACAAGUCAACUAAGUGAGCUGGUUACACCAACACAUCCCAUAAUGUCAUAUCAUGAAGACGUUUCUCUUAUGCACAAGACAUGAAACUAUUUUAAAAACUGGUUUAACCUUUUAUAAUCAAACUUUUCACACUCACACACAGUCUGCUCUGAUUCUUCUGUCCUUUGUAAUGAUUGUGUAACAAAUCAACAAUAACAAAGAAAUAAUAAAAUGUAUUAAAAAAACAUGUUACCAAA